GUAAAUUCGCACUCUUGCUAUAGCAAAAGCAGUAGAGUAUAGCACCUCAACCGUCAAGACCCUCAACUCAAAAUGGCCCAGAGAGUUACCCUCCGAAAGCGUCAGCCCUACAACACCACCUCCAACAGGAGGAGGGUCGUCAAGACCCCCGGUGGCAAGCUCGUCGUCCACCACUUGAAGAAGAUUGCUUCUGCCCCCAAGUGUGGUGACUGUGGUUUCGCUCUCGCUGGUAUCCCCGUCCUCCGUCCCCGUCAAUACGCCACUCUCUCCAAGAGGCAGAAGACCGUCCAGAGGGCUUACGGCGGUUCCGUCUGUGCCACUUGUGUUAAGCAGCGAAUCACCCGAGCUUUCCUUAUUGAGGAAGCCACCAUCGUCAAGCGUAUGCUCAAGGACAAGGUCGCCGCCAGGAAGUAAAUUGUAUCUUCUAGAUAGGUUUACCGAGUAGCAUGGAUGGCUGUCUGAGGAUUUUUUCUUUUGAGAGGGGGGAUGUAUGAUUUUACGGCA